AAAAUAUUUAAAAAUAAAAAUUAAUGAUAAUUGAAGUGUCUGCCUGUCUUUUUAAACUUAAAUAUAAAUAGAAUAUAAUGAAACUGAUUUCUCCUUCCUUUUGUAAAAUAUAAAAAAAGAGGUUUAAUCAAUCUUCCUUUUGGAUUUUUUUUAAUUUACUUUUAGUUUUUGCUGUUUAGCUAUCUUUAAGUUUUGAAUAUUUGUGAUGACUGUAACCACCAUGCUAAAUACUUCAUCUACUCCAACUAGUACUGUAAAUAGUACUAGUAAUAAUACACCUACUAAAAUAAACUUGCCUCCCAUUUCAGAUAUAUUAUUACCUCCAAUGCAUCAUCAUCAUCAUCAUCAUAAUCAUCAAUCUAUACCUCCACAACAUCAACCUCAUCUUAUUCAACAACCAACUGCUCCAAUUCAAACUGCUCUUCAACCUCCACAAUUGAGGGUCUCUAGAUCAUUACUUCCUCCUAUCAAUGCCAAUGGUAAUAGAUAUUUACCUUCUCACCCAACACAAGUAUAUGAAGGCAAUAAUAACUACUAUUAUGGUAGUAGUGUACAUAAUCAUGGUAUAAUGACUCCAUCCCAUUCAUUAAAUACUCCACCAUCAUUAGCCACAAGAUCUCCAUUAUCAAGUAAUUCAUCUCCAGUAUAUGGUGCUACUGUUAACAUUCCAAGUCAUCAUCAACAACAACAUCCACAUCAUCAACCAACUCAACAUAUCACCAGUUCAUUAGCUUCGCCUCCAUUAAGACAAAGUCAAUCGCAUCAUACUUUAUACCAAAGACAAGUACCAGGUCCAGGUUAUGUACAAAUCCAGCAUCAACAAGGCGUUCCACCAACAUUAUAUAAGACUCAUAGUUCACCUCCAAUGGGAUUAAAUAUUCGUAAUGGAUCAAUUGGUGAAAGUAGUGAAGAUGAUGAAGAUGAAUAUUCUAAUAGCGAAAAUAAGAAUAAAUUACAAGCCAAUUCUAGUGAUGGUAAUGGAAAGAGGAAAACAAGAAAUAAUUUACCUAAAGAAAUUACUUAUAUAUUAUUAAAAUGGCUUAAUGACCAUUUAAAUCAUCCAUACCCAAAUUCAUUCGAAAAGAAUCAAUUAAUGAUGGCUACAGGUUUAAACCAACAACAAUUAUCCAAUUGGUUUAUUAAUGCUCGUCGUAGAAAGAUAAAACUGUUAAAAGAACAAAAGAGGAUUAGUUUAAUUUGAUUUGAUUUUAUUUAACAUUAGUUUUUCAUAGGUUAUGGCAGGGAACAGGAAAAAGGAACAGGUUUUCUAUAUUAUGUAUAUUUGGUUUUUUUAUUUAUUCUAAUUUAUUUUAUUUCAUCAAAAUAUAACUUGUUAUAUUAUUUUGGUAUAGGUAUUAAUUUAAAAAUCUUUUAAUAAAUUAUAAGUUUUGGUAAAGUAUAU